AUGAAAAAAAGAAGUAAGCAGAACAGUUUCGACAACAGACAAUGGCAAAAUCAUUGGCUGAACUCUAAUUAAGUAGCAUAUCCUCAAAUAAAUUAAGAUGAAAAACUCAAGGCUUAGCUUCAAGCAAGUAAAACAGAUGGUAAAGCUGAUCCAAAAAAUGAUAAAAAUAAAUCACCUUAGAAAGGCAAUAAAGAUUAAAAGGAAAAAAAUCCAAAAGAUCAAAAUUAAGGAAAAAAUGAUAAGAAGGAUACUAAAGCAUAAGAUAAAACAGAUCCUAAGCAAAAGAAGAAAUGA